AUGGAUAUUUCUUAUUUGUUGAUAUCCAGGCUUGAACCACGGCUGGAUAUUUCUUAUUUGUUCAUCACCUGGUUUGAACCACGGCUGGAUAUUUCUUAUUUGUUCGUCUCCAGGCUUGAACCCCGACUGGAUAUUUCUUAUUUGUUGAUAUCCAGGCUUGAACCACAGCUGGAUAUUUCUUAUUUGUUUGAACCACGGCUGGAUAUUUCUUAUUUGUUCAUCUCCUGGUAUGAACCGCGGCUGGAUAUUUCUUAUUUGUUCAUCUCCUGGUUUGAACCACGGCUGGAUAUUUCUUAUUUGUUCAUCUCCUGGUGUGAACCACGGCUGGAUAUUUCUUAUUUGUUCAUCUCCUGGUUUGAACCACGGCUGGAUAUUUCUUAUUUGUUCAUCUCCUGGUUUGAACCACGGCUGGAUAUUUCUUAUUUCUUCAUCUCCUGGUUUGAACCACGGCUGGAUAUUUCUUAUUUGUUCAUCUCCUGGUUUGAACCACGGCUGGAUAUUUCUUAUUUGUUCAUCUCCUGGUUUGAACCACGGCUGGAUAUUUCUUAUUUGUUCAUCUCCUGGUUUGAACCACGGCUGGAUAUUUCUUAUUUGUUCAUCUCCUGGUAUGAACCGCGGCUGGAUAUUUCUUAUUUGUUCAUCUCCUGGUUUGAUCCACAGUUGGAUAUUUCUUAUUUGUUCAUCUCCUGGUUUGAACCACGGCUGGAUAUUUCUUAUUUGUUCAUCUCCUGGUUUGAACCACGGCUGGAAAUUUCUUAUUUGUUCAUCUCCUGGUUUGAACCACGGCUGGAUAUUUCUUAUUUGUUCAUCUCCUGGUUUGAACCACGGCUGGAUAUUUCUUAUUUGUUCAUCUCCUGGUUUGAACCACGGCUGGAUAUUUCUUAUUUGUUCAUAUCCAGGCUUGAAUCACAGCUGGAUUUAAUUCUUAUUUUUUUACUUUGA